UAAAAAUAUAUAUAUGCGCAUUAUAUGCGGAAAUUCCGAUAAAAGAUAUAAAAAGUCGACCAGUGUCGAACUUUUAAUUUCCCGCCAAUUUCACUAAGUCCUUUAAAGAAAUCUAGAAAAAAGUGAUAAUUAGCAGAAUGGAAACACGCAUCAAAAAUCAAGUUAUGACAUUUUUUAAAAUUGGUGGAUUUCACCUAAGAUCUGAAAUUGCAAUGUUGGUUGUUGACAAAGCAAAAGUACUUUCCGAUCAAAAACGCAAAGAAUUUAUUGACAGAAUUUAUUCGAGCAUACAAAAUCAAACACUUGAAACUGCUAAUAUUGAGAAGGGACAUAUGUUGGCUGCUAUUCGAGAGUGUACACAAGGCAGAUAUAAUGAAGAUAACGAAACUGUUUUCAGUGUUAUUAAUGCAUUUGAUGUUCCCGCUUGUCAAUAUUCUAGGGAAUCUAAAAAAUUCAUUCUUAAAAAAAAUCCUAAAAAUAUAUUACCUUCAGCUGACUCUAGAUCCGAAUACAUACGAGAACGAUAUCACACAAUUCUUCAGCGUAUUUUGAGACACGAUCUCUUUGCUCCUAAUAUUAAUGAAAACAUAAAGACAUUAGAUAAUAAUCAAAGAAAAUUUACUUUAAAAUAUGCUGAGAAUCUCUUAUCGACAUCAACACUGAAAGAGGUUGUAAUGUUAGGAUUGUUAUCAAAGUUUAAAGAGGGAAAAUUUUACCUUGAAGAUCCUUCGGGUACAAUUCCCAUCGACUUAAGUGAAGCAAAGUUUCAUUCCGGUCUUUACACCGAGGGUGCUUUUGUUCUUGCAGAAGGAUCAUACAAUGAUGGAAUUCUUAAAGUAUCUGGUCUUGGCUUUCCACCACCUGAAGCAGCUGCAAGUAGUCGAGCAUAUUUUGGAAACUUAAAUUACUGGGGAGGACAAUCUUCAUCACUUCUUAAACAUUCAAAAAGUUUAUUGGAGUUUGAACGUUUAAACUUUGGUGGCACAAUCAUUUUCUUAUCAGAUUGUUGGCUUGAUGAUCCAAAAGUUAUAGAAAAAUUAAAGAAACUUUUUAUGGGAUUUGAUGACACACCACCAAUUGCUAUCAUCAUGAUGGGACCCUUUUUAAAGAACAAAGAAAAUAUAUCAGGAUUGAGAAGAAAAUUUGCUCUUCUCGGUGAAAUUCUUGAUUCUACAUUUUCAUUGAAAAAUGAAACCCAUAUUGUACUUGUUCCUGAUAUAGAAGAUCCCAAUUCAGCUAAUAUUCUUCCACGUCCUCCAUUGCCAACAGCACUCGUUCAAGACUUUAUGCGAAGAAAUAAACGAGUGAUUUUAGCAACAAAUCCAUGCCGACUUCAAUAUUGCACACAACAAAUUGUCGUUUGUCGAAUGGAACUUCUUAAAAAGCUUUGUCGUAACACAAUAAAAUUCCCUGAAGAAGGACAACUUGCUGAUCAUUUUGCUCGAACGUUGAUAUGUCAAGGUACAUUAGCACCCUUUACACAAUUAGUAAUGCCAACCUACUGGGAUUUCGACCCUGCUUUAAGUCUUUAUCCUCUUCCAGACUUGAUUGUAAUGGGUGAUAAGACCACAGACUUUCAAAAAAUUCAUAGUGAUUGUAUCAUUAUUAAUACUGGAAGUUUUCCACGGUCUAAAUUUUCAUUUAAAUUGUACAUGCCAGGAACUAGAACGAUUGAGGAUUCGCAAAUUCCAGAUGAUGAAGAAAAUGAGUAAAGUUCAUGAUGAAAUAAAUAAUUAAACAUUCAAUAUGUAUAACCUUAUCUUAAUAAAAUCAUGUUUUUAACACAAUUAAU